AUGAAGGCUUAUACUUUAUUAGAUACUGAAAGCAAUCAUAUUUUUCAUUCUAGAGAUGUUGUCGUUUAUGAAAAUGUUUUUCCUCUAAUGAAUACUUGCUCUACUGAUUCUUUUGAUAAAAAAAUUUCCUAUGACACACUACCUUCAUUUAUGCCUCCUAAUACUUCUACAGCAGGUCCAUCACAAUAUCAAGAGCUCUGGGAUGAUCAUGCUUCUUCCCCUAUCCAAAUAGCCACCCACAACACUAAAAAACAGACAUGGGAAUUGCAACCAUCAACAGUUGAUACAAAUAAUAACACAAGGUCUGAUCGGCCUAUUACUCGACCAAGUUAUCGAAAAGACUACAUUUGUGAGUCUUCUACUCCUCAUCCCUUAUCAAAAUUUCUGUCAUAUGAUAAAUUACAUACACAUUUUCGCAAUGCUAUUCUUGUUGCAUAUUCUAUUACUAAGCCGAGUACUUUUACUCAUUCUUCAAAAAUUCCUCAAUGGAAAUCAGCCAUGACAAAUGAGAUAAAUGCUCUCAUUGCUAACAAUACAUGGACUAUAGUCCCUCUUUCCCAAGGCCAACAUUCCAUUGUUGGUCUAAUAUAUGUUGAUAAUAUUGUCAUUGCUAGUAACAAUGACGUAGAUGCGGCUGCCUUCAAUAAACACAUGAACUCAAAAUUUCAACUCAAAGAUCAUGGUCCAUUAAGAUUUUUUCUAUGUCUUGAAAUUGGUAGAUCUAAGAAUGGUAUUUUUGUUUUACAACGUCCUUUUACUCUUCAAAUUUUGAGUGAUAUUGGAUAUUUAGGUGCUAAAGCUUGUUCAACACCAAUGGAACCUAAUAUCAAGCUUAGCAAAGAUCAAGGGGAGAUAUUUUCUUAUCUGACUUCCUAUAGAAGCCUCAUUGAUGUUGAUUGGGGUACAUGUCCGGACACAAGAAGAUCUAUUACAGGUUUCUGCAUUUUUGCGGGGCAAUCAUUAGUCUCCUGGAAGUCCAAGAAACAGCAUACAAUCUCUCAGUCUUUUACAGAAUCUGAAUAUAGAGCGAUGGCAAACACUACUUGUGAAAUAUUAUGGCUUCUCGCACUUCUUCGCGACUUUGGUAUCUCCCAUCAGCAACUAGCAUUGUUAUAUCGUGAUAAUAAUGCUACCAAUUAUAUCUCAGAGAUCCCGGUUUUCCAUGAGCGAACCAAACAUGUCGACAUUGAUUGUCACAUAGUUAGAGAACGAGUUCAAAGUGGUCAGCUCAAGCUACUCCAUGUUUCUUCUAACAACAAUGUGGCUGGUAUAUUCACCAAGCCUUUGUUUCCUUCCCAAUUCUAA